CAUUGCUCGGUGUUAUAUUUACAUCAUCUGUGUCAGACAGGCUGCACAGAGCUCAGCAGGAGACUCAGCUGCACAAAACUACACCAUCUCAUCACUGGAGAAACCUGCUCCACAUUGGAUCUGAACUUUGAUUAUUACACUUUUUGACAGUUCUCUCAAAGAACAACAUGAAUUCAAACAACUCAGUGUUUGGUCAGACUUUAGCGCAGGUGCACAGUAAGUUUAUUAUCGUGCAGGUGCUGGUGGUGAUUUUUCUCUGCGUCAACUUGUUGCUGAUCGUGACCUUCUUUAAAAAUGAAUGUUUCUACACAACUACUCGCUACAUCCUCUUUGCUGUGACGUUACUGUCGGACAGUUUCCUGUUCUUAGCGUCUGACUUUAUUUUCAUCUUUAACAUUUUCCGAGUCACCAUGCAGGUUUCGUUGUGCAGCGUCAGCUGCAUCAUUGUGGGCUUGUACCUCAUCGUCACACCGGUGACUCUCACAGCGAUGACGCUGGAGCGCUACGUGGCCAUUUGUAUGCCCCUACGUCACGCGGAGCUGUGCUCCACACACAGCAGUGUACACGUCAUCCUCGUCAUUCACGGCCUCAGCUCUGUGCCCUAUGCCGUCAUUUUUAUCACCUUCUUUGCUUCGGCAUCUCUUGACUUUUACUAUCAAUAUAGGACAUGCUCUGUGGAGAUUUUCUUUUUGUAUAAAUGGCAGGAUCACGUCAAGUCAGCUGUGUUUCAGUUCUACUUCCUCAUCAUGUGUCUCAUCAUCAUGUUGUGCUACUUUAAAAUAAUGAAAGUGGCCAGAACUGCGUCAGGAGAUGAUAAAAUAUCCUCCAGGAAAGGACUCAGGACGGUGACUCUUCAUGCUUUCCAGCUGCUCCUCUGUCUCAUCCAGUUUUGGUAUCCUUUAAUAACGUCCAGUCUAAUUCAUAUUGAUUUCACUGACUUACAACAUGUCCGUUUUUUUUGCUACAUAAUGUUUAAUCUUGCACCGCGGUGUCUUAGUCCUCUCAUUUAUGGCCUCAGGGAUGAAAUGUUUCUCCAUGCACUGAGAAGAUGCCUCUCAUGUGGCUUGUAUGAAACAAAAUGAUGGUUGCUUUAAUUAUUUACUUGUCUUAUUCUGUUAUUCUGAUAAUCUGCUUCAUUUGAAAUUCUGUAAAUGGACGGUUAAAUCCAAAAGGACGCGGUAAAACUGCCAUUAAACACCACAACUAUCUACUUUA